AUGAAUCUCGUGUGUGACCGGAAGCCUCUUUCGGGUUUGUCACAGACGGUUUUGAUUGGUGGACAAGCCUUUGGAACCCUUACUUUACCGCACCUGUCAGAUCGGUAUGGACGAAAACUGAUCCUUAUCCUGUCCACUGUCGCCUUGUUGCUUAUUGGAAUUGGAACGGCUUUGGCCCCCAACUAUUCGACGUUCGCCGCCCUGCGUUUCUUUGUUGGCGCCUUCCAGCAGGGAAUUGUCACCGCAGUUAGCACAUUGGCUCUGGAAUGUUUCCCUUCCCAGCAUCGAAAGUUGGUGGGCUUUUCUAUGAAUUUAAUAUGGGCAAUGACGAUACCACUCUGGGCGUACUUUCUACAAAACUACUCCUGGAGGAUUCUACAAACAGCUUACACCACUGUGUCGUUGUAUUUCAUAAUUCAGAUUUGGAAAAUAGAAGAAUCAAUUCCAUGGUUAAUUGCCAAUGGUAAAACCAAGCGAGUUGUUCGUGUGUUAAAGACAGCAGCCAAAGUUAGUAAAGUUCCCGUUCAUGACGUCAUGGAGCAGUUACACCUGCUGGAAGUGGAACAGAAAGUAAAAGACCAAGAUUCGGAAUUGGAGAAGGGUAAUCAAGGUCAACUCACAGAGAAGGAUUCUUUUCUCCUGAAGAAUUCCUUACCUCCAAGAGAGGAAGACAAAGUCAGCGAUAUCGACACAAAUGAAGAACUUAUUGCGGUGAAGCCAUACACCAUCUUGGAGUUGUUCAAGAACAAACGCAAUAGAACUACAUUACAUUAA